GAACAUACUCCACACACCGUAAACUGGCAUGCGAUACUAGUGUACACGUGCCUAGAAGAGGUCCUGUCAAAUCGACCCAUCGUAUUAUCCGAUACACUCUCAUCUUCCGGACCGAACCAUCUUGAAAGACAACUCAAGGAAGAAGCAGAGGAAGAGAAACAUGACACAACAUUGGCACUCUACCAUACACCCCUCUCACAACUCUCAAUCCCCGUCUGUCCCUUGUCCAACCGACAAACACCGCAUACGCGAAAAUCAGCGUCGCAGCCGUGCCCGAAAAUCUCAACUUCUCCAAGAUCUCCAAGCACGAGUGCUAGCAUACGAGCGUGAGGGUGUCUCCGCCACGCAGGAGGUUCAGUACGCAGCAAGGCGGGUCGCUCUAGAAAAUGAGCGCUUAAGAACGUUAUUAGCGAGGUACGGGGUCAUGAAGAGAGAGGUGGACGGGUAUUUGCGAUCUUUUGGGGAAGAAGAGACUGAGUGGGGUGGAUCUGCAUUUGCGAAUGUGCCUCCAAGGCAUGCAAGUGAAGGGUAUAGAGAGGGAGAAUGGACUGGGAGGGACGGAGCAUCAAAUUCCCUAAGGCCGAUCACUACGCAACAUCAGCAAUCUCAACCAUGUGAAAGACAAUUCGGCCUUCCACACCCUCCUCUAGCGAGCUUUGGUGGGUCUUAUCCCCCUCAUGUACCAACAGAAUCAUCUCUACAUGCGACAUAUAUAAGAGAACCGCCAUCGCCACCUUCCUCGACAAACCGGCAGAACUGCAAACUGUCUCCCACGACUCCAAAUCAACCCCCUGUUAUCUCUCCCGAAAGGCAAAGUCAUAUGCAAUCUCGUGAGCUCGAUUGUCCAAAUUCAUUGACUUGCUUCUGCGCUCCGUCACCUCCACCACCAGCCAUACCCGCACCCCCUCCUAGCUCGGGUCUGGAGAUAUCGUGCGAGGAUGCCGCGAGAAUCAUCGCAGACAUGCGGGGCAGUGGCGGUGUAGAUCAGCGCGAUGUGAUUCGCGCUUCGCUUGGUUGCGGCACCCGAGAGGAACGGGAGUGCAAGGUUAAAAAUUCGGUUGUUCUGCAGAUUAUGAGUGAGAAAUAA